CGUUUUUUAAUUUCGAGUUUCCACUUUCUUUUCUGUGUCUGCGUGCCGGUGACUUGUAUUAACUCGGGGGCGGUUGAGUUUAGAGUGGAUACGCUGACUGGCCCCAAACGUCAAAAGAUUUGUGAUUUAGCUGAGCGAAAGACAGAGAGAGAGAAAGAGAGAGAGAGACGAUUGACCUUAAUUUCACCUUUUGAAAAUGGCUGGGAUAAAGCGGCCUCAUCAGAAAGUCCAAAGACUGGGAUCCAUCUAUGAGCCCCUCAAGCUGUCAAUCCUCCACCGUGAGGACGAGCCCCUGUGGGAGAAGCUGGACCGCUACUACAAUGCUGUCAAAACUACCAUACUCAACUACCAGAGUCCCACCACCGGCCUCUUCCCCGUCAAGACCUGCUCCACAUGUAAAGAGGCCAAGGUGCGGGACUCCCUGUACUGCGCGGCAGGAGCCUGGGCGCUGGCCGUAGCCUAUCGACGUAUCGACGACGACAUGGGACGCACCCACGAACUGGAGCACUCGGCCAUUAAGUGCAUGAGAGGAAUCCUCUACUGCUACAUGAGGCAGGCUCAUAAGGUGGAGCAGUUCAAACAGGACCCCACCCCCUCCAAGUGUCUGCACUCCAUGUUCAAUGUGCAUACGGGCGACGAGAUCCACACCUAUGACCAAUACCAUCACCUGCAGAUCGACGCCGUUUCCCUGUUCCUGCUCUACCUGGUGGAGAUGAUCUGCUCCGGGCUGCAGAUUAUCUACAACACCGAUGAGGUGUCCUUCAUCCAGAACCUGGUGUUCUGCGUGGAGAGAGCCUACAGGGUGCCCGACUACGGCAUGUGGGAGCGCGGCAGCAAGUACAACAACGGCAGCACCGAGUUGCAUUCAAGCUCCGUGGGGCUGGCCAAGGCUGCUUUGGAGGCCAUCAAUGGAUUUAACCUGUUUGGAAACCAGGGUUGCUCCUGGUCGGUGAUCUUCGUGGAUCUGGACGCCCACAACCGAAACCGACAAACAUUGUGCUCCCUGCUUCCUCGAGAGUCCCGCUCUCACAACACAGACGCAGCCUUACUGCCGACCAUCAGCUACCCUGCCUUCGCCGUGGACGACGACGCACUCUAUAGCCAGACACUGGACAAAAUCGUCCGCAAGCUGCGUGGCAAAUACGGCUUCAAGCGCUUCCUCCGCGAUGGAUACCGUACCUCCAAUGAGGACAAGGACCGCCGAUACUACAAACCUGCUGAAAUGAAGCUCUUUGAUGGGAUCGAGUGCGAGUUUCCCAUAUUCUUCAUCUUCAUGAUGAUUGACGGUGUGUUCAGGGGGAACCAGGCUCAGGUGAAAGAGUACCAGGACCUUCUUGACCCGAUCAUCUUUCAGUCUUAUGAGGGCCACGCUGUAGUCCCCAAGUACUACUACGUGCCCGCAGACUUUGUGGAGGCCGAGCAAAGCAAGCAUGGCAGUCAGAAGCGCUUCCCGAGCAAUUCUGGACGCGACGGCAAGCUCUUUCUGUGGGGCCAAGCCCUUUACAACAUUGCCAAACUGCUAGUUGACGAACUGAUCAGCCCCAAGGACAUUGACCCCAUCCAUCGCUACGUACCUCGCCAGGACCAACGCAAUGUCAGCAUGCGCUACUCCAACCAGGGCCCCAUAGAGAAUGAUGUUGUGGUCCAUGUUUCACUGAUAGCUGAGAGCCAGAGACUGCAAGUGUUUCUGAACACGUACGGUAUUCAGACGCAGACACCGCAGCAGGUGGAACCCAUCCAAAUCUGGCCUCAAAAGGAGUUGGUCAAGGCGUACCGCUUCCUGGCCGUCAAUAACAAGCUGGGCCUGAGUGGGCGUCCGGAUCGACCUGUGGGCUGCAUCGGGACCUCAAAGAUUUACCGCAUCCUCGGGAAGACGGUGGUGUGCUACCCGAUUGUCUUUGAUCUGAGCGACUUUUACCUUUCUCAAGACGUCAUGCUGCUGAUUGACGACAUUAAGAACGCCCUCCAGUUCAUCAAGCAGUGUUGGAAGAUGCAGGGACGACCUCUCUUCUUGGUGCUCAUCCACGAGGACAACAUCAAGGGAAGUCGUUUCAACCCGGUGUUGGACAUGCUGGCGUCCUUCAAGAAGGGCCACAUCGGAGGGGUGAAAGUUCACGUGGACAGACUUCAGACGCUGAUCUCCGGCGCCGUGGUGGAGCAAUUGGACUUCCUGCGUGUCAACGAGGCCGAGAUCCCGGAGUUCAAGAGCUUCGAGGAGCUGGAACUUCCCAAACACUCCAAAGUCAAGCGACAGACGAGCACACCUAACGCCUCUGACUUGGAGCAGCAGCCCGAGAUCAGCGUGGAUGAAUGGCUCCAUAAGCCCACCGACGAGAUCCUCCAGAAGUUCCACGAUUGCGAUUGCUUGGCCAGCCAGGCUCAACUUGCCGGAAUCCUGUUGAGGAGGGAAGGAUCGCAGUUCCUCACCAAGGAUGAGAACCUGAUGGAAGAGCUGGAGAGGAUCUACCGACAAGCUGGCAGCCGGAAACUUUGGUCCGUUGUCCGUCUUGCCGCCAGUCUGUUAACUAAGCUGGUGGACAGCCUUGCUCCCAGUAUUACUAGUGUUUUAGUGCAUGGCAAGCAGGUGACCCUGGGCGUGUUUGGCCACGAGGAGGAGGUGAUUUCCAACCCGCUGUCUCCCAGCGUCAUCCAGGGUAUCAUCUACAGCAAGUGCUGCCCACUAGGGGGCGAGCGCGAGGCAGUCCUGCAGCAAGAGCUGGUCAUCCACAUCGGCUGGAUCAUCUCCAACAGCCCGGAGCUCUUCAGCGGCAUGCUCAAGAUCCGAGUUGGGUGGAUUGUCCAGGCAAUGAAACAGGAGUUGAAAAUCCGGGCGGGAGACAUGCCCCCCCAGGACAUCUACCAGCUCUCUCCCAGCGAUAUCAAGCAGCUCUUACUGGACGUGCUGCAGCCUCAGCACACGGGCAGGUCAUGGCUCCACCGCCGCCAGAUUGACGGCUCGCUCAACAGAACCCCUCUGGGCUUUUACGACCGGGUUUGGCAGAUCCUGGAGAGGACCCCCGACGGGAUUCUGGUCGGCGGGACACACCUCCCACAGCAACCGACACUGUCUGACAUGACCAUGUACGAGAUGAAUUUCUCUCUGCUGGUGGAGGACACACUGAAAAGCAUCGUCCUGCCUGAAUACAGACAGACCAUCGUGGAGCUGCUGAUGGUGGUGUCCAUUGUGCUGGAGAGAAACCCGGAAGUGGACUUUGCUGACAAGGUGGACCUGGACAGUCUCGUGAAAGAAGCAUUUGCCGACUUCUGGCGGGAUCGCAGUCGCUCAGAAGGCACCGAGAAGCAGCACGACAUGCAGGCCUUCUACAACACGCCGCCUGUGGGUCGGAGAGGCACCUCCAGCUAUCUGACGAAAGCCGUCCUGAGCCUCUUGUUGCAGGGGGAUGUGAAGCCCUGCAAGGACGACCCGUGUUCUGUUAGCUAGAAGCCCAGACGCUGUUUUUUUUUAUUAUUUUUUUUUUUUUCGUCGUAGUGAAACACCACACGGUGGAUUGAAAACUAAAUGGUAGGGCCUGGUAACAAAUGAAUUAGUCAUUUUGUUUGUUUGUUGUCUUUCAAGCCUAACUUUGCAUAAAAGAAAGAAAGACUGAGAAUCUUGCAAUUAAGGGCAGCUAUUGCAUUUUUUUUAGUCCUGAUAGUCAACACUGGGCAGAACCGCGUUAGGCCGGUUAGCAAGACAAGCUUUGAACGAAUUGCUAUUUAAUUGGCGUUGUGAAGAUAAAGCAGGCGAAGCUAUGCCUAGACACUUCUAGUGUUAGCUACAUUUUCAAACAACAUACGUUUCCAAAAAUAAUCCACUUUGCUGCCAGAAAUUUUUUUUUGCAGUUUUGAAGGGCGAAUUAUAAUGGCCAAAAUCAUCCUAAAAUGGCCUCUUUAAACUAAAAUAGCUGACCUUCUAGUAGUUUCACAGCAUGGGUCCUUUUUUAAUUUGUGGGACUACUUAUGAUACUCAUCUACAAAUAUGCAUGGGGCUACAUCUGAAUUGAAAAAAAAUGGAAAUUAAAAGUUGAAAAUGACAAUGAAUUUUUAAAGACAUAACCAAAACACACUAAAACAAAAGUCAACAACAAGACUUUUUUGUGUGGGUCUAAUCAUAAUAAAAAUUCCUACCAAAUUUCAUCCUGCUAAGCAAAAAAAUUUAACGGAUUGUUAAAUAGCAAUGUAUGAAUUCCGGGGAUUGAAAAAUUAUUCGAGGUCUAUAUUUUAUGGUGACACACCAAACCUUCAUCGCUGUGCCGCACCCACAUGCAGUCAAGGCAACUAAAAUAUUUCAGCAUUUAGUGUGGUGUUCUCCCAUUUUUGGCAGUAGCAACAUCCAAACAACCACAUCUCCUUUGUGAUCGUUACAGAGCAAUGCUAGCUAUUUGCCAGUGUCAAGCUAAUCUGAGGCAAGCUAAAAAUUAAGCCUUGAAAUCAUCAUAACAAUGUCCUGCUUGAAAUGCUGCCUGUGAUUGUCAGAAGCAUGUUUUGCUGCUAAUCCAGUGCAAAGUGAUGUUUAGAAAUCACCUACUUUGGAUGUGAAUCGCGUCAUUGUGCUUGCAUACAUGUUAAAUAUUUAAUGUGUCAUGUUUACAUGCACUUUUUUUUGGUUGUGUAGUACAAGGAGGAGAAGUAAAGACUUAUUUAAAAGUG